GAACGCGAAUCGCUCAUAAAACGCGGUACUUGUGGUUUUGUUCCUUGUUUUAUGAAUAGUUCAAUUACGGAGGUAAACAUGAGCGUCCCGAGCCGUGCGACUAACUCAAACAAUACGAUUUUAUCUGAGGAACGGACAUGUCACAGAAGUCAAAUGACAUCAUCAGAUGCUGUUGGACGUUCAAUAGCACUUUUACCCAUAAAUCAUAAUCAUGCUCUACAUCAUGGAAUAAAAUUAAUGCCUCACAUAAACAUGCCUCACAGAGAAGUAGGAGCAACAACACCUUUGGUUAAUAACUCCGGCACAGCUAGUACGUGCUCGAUGUCCCUACCAGGUUCGAUGUCAUCGGCAUCGGACACUGUUUGUAAUAUUCUUCCACAUAACACUUCAGAUGGCAGCUCAAUAGACCUCGCUAGUCUUUUCGAAUGCCCGGUUUGCAUGGAUUAUGCUCUACCACCUAUUAUGCAAUGUCAAAGUGGACAUAUCGUUUGCGCAUCGUGCCGGUCAAAACUCUCAUCAUGCCCAACUUGUAGAGGCAACUUAGAUAAUAUCCGGAACCUCGCAAUGGAAAAACUUGCUUCCAGUGUAUUAUUUCCUUGCAAGUACUCCACUAGUGGUUGCCCAGAAACUUUUCAUUAUACAUCCAAAUCAGAACAUGAAGCAGCUUGCGAAUAUAGGCCCUAUGAUUGUCCGUGUCCUGGUGCUUCAUGUAAGUGGCUUGGUGAAUUGGAACAAGUUAUGCCCCAUCUCGUGCAUCACCAUAAAAGCAUUACAACUUUACAAGGCGAAGAUAUUGUAUUUUUGGCUACUGACAUAAGUCUUCCAGGUGCUGUAGACUGGGUUAUGAUGCAAUCUUGUUUUGGACAUAGUUUUAUGCUGGUUCUAGAAAAACAGGAACGUGUACCAGAUCAGAUAUUUUUCGCUCUUGUCCAACUCAUCGGAACUCGGAAACAGGCGGAUCAGUUUGUGUACAGACUUGAGUUAAACGGGCAUCGUCGACGAUUAACUUGGGAAGCUUGUCCACGUAGUAUUCAUGAUGGUGUUCAAUCUGCAAUCGCUGUGUCUGACUGUUUAGUGUUCGAUUCUAAUACUGCUCAUUCAUUUGCUGAAAAUGGUAACCUAGGAAUUAAUGUGACUAUUUCCCAAGUUUCUCCGUCUAUUUCAUAAUUUUAAGCAUUCAUUACAUUUUUUACGUGCUUUUUCUUUUCUUCCCUUUUUGUUGAGAAAAUCCAGUUCACAUUAUUAUCCGUUUUUGCUACAUCGAGCAUAUUAUCUUAGUUCUCUUUGCUUUUACACACGUCUUAUUAAAGUUUGUAACUAUUGAAUAUCAGUGGAUCGCUCUACGUUUGUAACGUUUUUCUUCGAUAGAAAGAUGAGAAUAUUUACAUGCAUGCAUUUGAUUUCACUUCAUUCUCUCAUUCAUGAAAUCAGUAUCUUCAUUCUCUUUUACUCUCAAUUUAUUCACUUCUUCAUGCUUCUUAGUUUUUCCAAGCGCCUUAAAAAUUACAUUAUCAUCUCGUAUAUGCACAUUAAUGUUUCCCUUCUAAAUAAUUUAGUUUACUGGUUCCUUGUGUGUGUACGUUUGUAUAUUAUCUGUCCAUUGGAUCCAGUCUAUGUAAAUAACUGUGUUUACCAUCCACCACUUCUGUCACAUUUCCCACUGAUAGUUCAUUCACAUUCAUACAUUUAGUGAUUAAUUAUUAUUAUUCAAAAUAUAAACCCUAAAAAACAAGACAAGUACGUACAUUUCAUUUUCUUUCAUAUUUUGUUAAUCCUAUUUUCUCUUGUAUUUUUUUGUGACAUACUCUCUAUGCUUUUUUUCUCUCCAGAGCUGUUUAUGUUUUUCUUUUCUAUAGAAAGAAGACGUUAGUAUUUCUUUAUGUAUAAUUGCGAUUUUAAGUGAAAACAAAAUUUAUGGUCUUUUGGUAUUAUUUGAGGUAUGUCUACAAAGAGUUUGUCAUUAUUGUAGUAAGAAAACGAAAAAAGUGACCACAUCUCUGUAUAUGUUUUUUGGGAAAGUUGCUCGUGUGUUUGUUCUUUUUUCAUUGAUCUUCUUGUUUAUAUCAAGUUAGUUCGUUUUUCUUAUUUUAUCCUGUUUUCAAAAAUUGUUGCUAUGUCUACACUCGUAUUGUGAAGCGGUCAAAAAGAAAUGUUUUCGGUUCCAUAAAAUAACCUGUAAGCAAAUAUAAACAUACUAUUGCGUAUCAAUA